UCCUGAAAAUGGCGGCCGUUGGGUGUUGUUUUUGUUCUUGUGUAAAUAAUGCUUGUUAACGAAAUUAGAAUUAGAGACCGGCUGCUAGAACAUAGAGUGAGCUAAAUGUGCACACUUUUUUUAUUGUUGACAUCUUGUGAUGCUAUGCACAGAGCAUGAACUAUGCUUAUCUGUAAAUCACCAUGCCCAUUGGGUCUACCUUUGAUUGACACCUGUCAAGGCUGGCAGUUAUUUAUUGCCUCUGAGGCUGCCCCCUCUCACCAUCUAUCUUUCACCUCUGAUAGGUGAAACACUUUUGCAUCAUCCCUUUAAAGACUUCAGUUUUUCUUCAACUGGGGAGUAUUAUAUCCUAAAGGUUUUAACAUACCCCCAUCCCCCACCCCAGGCAAACAAAUAAUUUCGUCCCUCUGUUUCCAGCAUUCAUUAAAGCAUCAACUGAAUUGACAUUGAUUGAAAAGACUUGAAAUCAACAAUUUCUUUAUAACUAGCUCCACCAGUUAUAAUCUGACUUUGGCUUGAGGCUACAGCAUAAAGAAAUCCUUACAACCCCUUUCCCUGCUUAUAAAUUUAAAUUUAGUUUAAAAACACUUUGUCCCCCACCCCAAGUUCCUCCCUCCCUCCCAUCCCUUGGGGGAAUUUGUUGACCAGAGAUGGGGACAUCAACUGAAUUAAAGAGGGGCGGCAGUGAUGGAGAUGAGAGUGAGAUAAUUCCUUGGAAGUUUGUCCCGUUCAGUGUUCGCCAGGAGCUCAUUCAGAAGCUUAACCCUGUGAUGACAUUGUCGGGGAAUGACUGGAGAAUGCUGGCGCAUAAACUUGGAUAUAACACAAGUGAGAUUGCUUAUAUUGAAUCAGAAAAGGAUAACAAUACAAGUGUAUUAUUGAGGGAAUAUGAAAUGAAACCAAAUGCAUCAUUUAAUGAAUUAUACAAGCUUUUGGAAGAUAUGAAUAGACAUGACUGUCUUGAAAUAUUAGACAAUGCCAAAACAGGCAUACUGGAGGCCUGGACUAAGAAUGUUCCAUCAUCAAUGAGUCAAAUGACUUGUGGGCACAUGCCCUGGUCCAACAAUGGGUACCCCUACCCUAAUCCUGCGUGCAUGAGUCCCCAGCCUUGUGGCAGUCAUUUUGCCAGCUGCCCCGGCCCUAUGAACUCUGGGACACACCUAGCCAUGGGAUGUUCAUCUUAUCAGCACCAGUCGCAGCCAUGCCAACACCUACCUCAUGCUCCUUUGUAUGCACAUUCAAGAAACCUCAACCCAGUGCCCCAGGGUGCACAGUGUGCACAUCAACAUUUCUCACAGUGUUGCCAUAACAACACCAGAAGCACUCAACAAGUCCCAGGAUUGUCCAAGAGUCCAGCUAAUUUCAGGCCUUACAAUGACAACCAUGGGCUGAAUAAAAACCUCUCCAGGGUUCAAACACAGGGCACUGCUGGAUACCAUCCUGGAGAAUUGGGAGCAGAUAGUUUAAAUUUAGCACCUCACAGUUUCAACCGAGAUGAAAGAAUGGAUGAUGGACCUGUAGAUUUUACUCACAAUUUAAGAGCUCAAGCUCGAUUGCCCAACAAUAUAAGUGUAUAUGACAACAGCAACCUUGACAGCAACAACAGCAGCAACGACAGUCUAGUGUCAAGGCAAAAAAUAGCCAGGCAGCACUCAGAUGACUCAAACAUACCCGUCAGUGCUAUGGGCGAAAAGAAGCUGAAACAGACCAACAGAAACAACAACAAUAAUGGCGAGGCUAGCCAGCCAGUUUACCAGAAUGGAUUUUGUGCUCCGAACCCAAUGUCGAAAAAUAGGAAUCAGGUGGGGUACUCUGGCCUGACGGCAAAUCAUUCUUCUGAAUUUAGGGACUUAAGCUAUGAAAACAGUGUAGGCUAUAAUGCCCAGGCGCAGUAUCGGUUGCAGGAUGCUAAUGGAAGGACGGAGAGUAGCUUGAGACACUUGAAAAAUAUGGCAGAAUUUCCUGAAAAAUACAAACCUACUCGUGAAUAUAAAAAUGUGGUGGCAGACCAAAAGAUUGAUGCAGAUAAAAGGAAGAUGCGGGAUAGGGGCGAGUUUGAAUCAUUCAACUCUUACUCAUCUAGUAGUAGUGGCUCAUCUGGAGGCAAGUCUCACCCUUCUUCAACUUUUCCCAUGAGGGUUAAGGUGAAACAAGAGAGGGGAGUGGAGGAUAUUGCUGCACUUACCAUUUCAAAAAAAUCUACCUCCAUGCCACAAAAUAUGAAGCCUGAGGAGUAUAGGAAAGGCUUUAUGAAUAUCAAAGUGCUUGUUACCUACAGCCAUGAAGAUGAAGCUCAUGGUAAACAGGUGCUCUCCCUUUGCAAGUUUUUACAAGACAACAAGUUUGCCUGUUGUGUGGAUUGUUGUGAGAAGACAAGAACACCCAGUGCCAAUGAGCAAUGGAUCAGGCAUAAAAUCAUUGAGGCUGACUUCAUUUUGGCCUGCAUUUCACCCAAGUAUUUGACAGACGUCUCUAGCCCAGGUGCCAGCAACUCUUGCCCAGAUGCCAGCAACUCUUUCCCAACAAACGAGCGGCGGCUGCACACUAAACUAAUUUACGACCUAAUGCAAGAGGAAUAUAAACAGAAGCUCAGCGACAGGGCUAAUGUUGGGGUCACCGCUCCGUUUUCUCGGUUUGUUCCACUUCUUUUCAGAAAUAUGUCUGCUGACCGUGUGCCCCCAUGGAUGAAGCAAAACAGAUCACCAUACCUUUGGCCAAAGGAUUACCUUGACCUUGCAUGGAUGCUGACCAAGCCGUUUGAGAGAAUUAAAACUAAGAAGACAAAUAUGGAGGAAAGGCUUGAGAGAGAUUAUAUGGAGUAAGGCCAUUUUGUGGGUUACUAGAUGUUAGGGCAUUAUUAUUAGCUGCUAAUUUUGUUACUGUGAUAGGGGGGGGGGGGGGCGGCAAUGAAGACAAAGAAGCACAUCUUGGAGGCCCAUAUUUCACAACACAUGGGUCGUUGUUUAAGUUACUGGGAUAUAUUUUAAAACCUGUUUUUUUUUAUAUUUAAAAGAAACUUAUGGUUUGGAACUAGGAAAAUAAAAAAAAAAAACUCAUGAAAAAAGACACAAGACUAGCACCUUUCACCUCUCUCAGGGUGAUUCUUUAUGAUCUAAAGAAUCUUCAUCACAAAAAAAAGCAGCUUUAUUGACUAAACAGGAUGUGACUAUGUACACUACUAGAAGAGUUAUCUUCAAAAGAAACUCAGGAUGAUAGUUUUGUUAUGGAAUUCAGACAAGGCUGAAAACUAGAGGUUAUCAGGCUUAAUCCUAUAAACAUGAUACGUUUGUAGUUAGAGUAACUACUAUUUUAUUUCAUAGUUUAUGAAGCCAUUGAUUAAUAUUUUAACCUGUUGUAAAUAACUCACCACACAGACUUUUAUAGUUCAGCAGUUAAUGGUCGGAUGCUCAAUGUGUAUUUAUCUUGUUAUGGUCAUGUUUACAUCACACAAUUCUUCUUGCACGUAGCAUCAUAAGCUUAUUCUUGAGUUAUCAAAAUUUUCAAGUUUUCCCACAAAUGUUCAGCUUACAGAGUAGGCCUAUAUACAGCAUAUGUAUCUUUAAAAUUAAAAUAGUUUAAUUUUCCUAAUUUGAAAUGAAUGUAUGAUUUAUUGUUAAAUAAUCCUACCCUGCUUUGGUGCAAGCAUUUUAAACAUUGCCUUUAUGUAUACUUUGUAUAAAGCAAAAUGUGGUUACAAUUAUGCUUAUUGUAAUAUACUGUAGAAUUUUAAAAAGAUUCCUCAUUAAUAUGUGUUAAAGCUUGUUGCCUUUGUAAUGUUGAUUAAAAUAAUUGGGUUUUCAAAUAAGGCUUUUUAAAUUUU